ACACAUAUUAUAUGUGUAGAUAUCGUCAUUAUAAUAAUGUCGAUAUCUGCCGUUAUCGCAAAUUUAAUCGGCACUACACUUAAGUAGGCAUGUUAUAUUUUGGAAUGGCUACUUAAAAUUAACAGCAUCAAAAUGGUUCAAAUUAAUUUUAGUCCUGAAAAUAAAUCAUUCCAUAUUAUAAACAUGUCUGGCGAGGAUCUCUUAACACCAGGAACUGAAUUGCAAGAACUAAAAUUUAAUGGGUUUUUAGAUUGGUUUAUCAGUGUGACGGACCCCAGAGUUCACUGGAAAUAUCAACCGACUUACGUAAUUUCCCAAAUUGUGUAUUUAUUAGGAGGACUGGCAACGCUGAUCCAUGCAUUUGCAAGAGGUGGAAGAUUACCAUGGCUAUGGCUUGGCAUCCUGAUCCAUGGAUUUACAGUGGAAUGUUUGUGCUAUAUUAGCCCAGAUGUAGACAACUUUUGGCACUCACAAACUUUUAUUAUAUUUUUUGGCCGAAGGUUUCCUCUCCAUAUAAUGAUGCUAUAUUCUUGUUUUAUAUACAACUCCUUCAUAGCCGUAUCAAAAAUGAAACUACCCUCAUGGGCGGAACCUUUCGCAGUAGGCUUGGGGGCCGUGUUGAUUGACAUUCCCUAUGACAUCGUCAGCGUACGAUUCGCCCAUUGGUUCUGGCAUGACACCGAUCCCAACAUCUACGAUCGACAUUAUUGGGUGCCUUGGAACUCGUACUAUUUCCACGCCGCAUUUGCUGCCAGUUUUGCAUUUUGGUUCAAUUUUCUUCGAAGAAAACUGUGUCAGAGCAAUGGAAAAUGGCUCACAGGAAAAAGUUUUGGAAGAGAACUAGCAGCCACUGUCUUUGCUGGUGUUUUGGGACCAUUUGGAGGAAUCUUACUGUUCAUACCGAUCUACCAUCCGCUGCAUGACGGAUACAAAAUCCAUUCCGAAGUAACGUUUUUUAUUAUUUUCACCAUUUUUCUACUAAUAACAUGGACUGGAGACCGCACACCAAAAACCGACGACUUUGCCAAGAACUAUAAACAGAAAGUGCACUGGGCCACUUUGUUACUUUGUGGUCACCUGGUCAUUCACUACCUGACAUUUCUAUCAAUGCCUAUCUUCUUUAAUCCGGAAAAUGAAGUAGCUACAGGCGUUAAAGAAACUAUCGGUCCCUGCGACGAAUAUACUUCGAUCAUGACGGUUUCAGGAAAGGCAUUACCAAAAAGGAAAUACCUAUGUCCUACCGAUUAUGAUGAAAAAUAUUUUGAUUGGAGCUGUUUGCCUGGCAAGAAACCUCCAUCUAAUGGUGCUCGAUGGUAUACUGCUUGUGGAGUUCCACUUGAAAACAGAGCUGAAUAUAUUGUGAUCAUUUCACUAAUAAGUGUUUUAGCAUUAGGUGUGUUUUAUAAUCUUCACUUUCGCUCGUUUGGAGAUGAUGUAUUUACAGUUAAAGAUAGUGGUGAACAAGGUUUAAAAAAAUUGUCCAAGAAGAAAAAAACGUAAUAAAAUUAAAAUAUAAAAUGUAUUAGUACUAAAUAAAUAAAAAAAAAAUUCCAAUUCUC